AUGGUUCAAUUUAGAGAUGAGGCAACUAGGGAUAUGGUUCUUGAAGCUGGAGUGAUUCAUUUUGACAAGAAACCAGUAAUUCUCAGACCUUGGUCUCCUGAUGUUGAAACUAUAAGGUCAGUUAAAUCUAUCCCUGUUUGGAUUCGAUUACCAGGUCUUGGGCUGCAAUAUUGGGGUGUUAAUUGCCUGAGUGCUCUAGUUAGCACGAUUGGCACCCCUAUUAUGGUAGAUAAGGUCACAAAAGCAAGGACUAUGAUCAAGUUUUCUAGAGUCUUAGUUGAUAUGGAGAUUGCAGAACACAUUCCUAUGCAUAUCCACUAUCUAAAUGAGAGAGGUCAGGUUUUGGAGCAACCCAUUGAGUAUGAGUGGCUCCCAACUAAGUGUACUGUCUGUAAGAAACUGGGUCACACCACUGCUGUUUGUAAGCAUUCCCCAACUCUUAUCAAGAAGAACUCAGAGCCUUCAACCCAGCCUAAUCCUGUUACUACAACAGUUACUGAACCUGAUGCUACUAAUCCUGUUAGUAAGAACCAAAGCAAAGAAGAGCCUACUGAGGCUACAAAGCAGGGAGGUACUCAAUCUAACCCUAGUGGAUCUAAAUGGGUGACCCCUCGAAAGGUAGGAAUGAAGAAGUCUGUGGGUAAACCUCAAACUGAAAUGCACAGGAAUUCAUUUAAUAUUUUACAGCAAACAGUUAGUGAUGUUUGUAGGAAGAAUAAAGUUGGUAUUGGAGCUUUGAUUGAAACAAAAUUAAAAGGAGAUAGAAUAAGGGAUCUUAUGAAAUCUUCAUUUGUUGGUUGGAAUUAUUACAGUAGCACUGUGGUGGAGGGUCGGAUUUUACUCAUUUGGAAAGCUAAUAUGAUGAAGAUUGAAAUCAUUCAGGAAACUCCUCAAUUGCUUCAUUGCAGAGUUUAUUUUGCUAAUGUGAACUUGGCUUAUUGUCUAUCAGUCAUCUAUGGCUUGAAUCAGCUGGAGACAAGAAAGAUUUUAUGGUCUGACUUAGCUAAUGUUCAGAGACCAGUUACCCCUUGGCUCAUUAUGGGAGAUUUUAAUGCAGUCUUCUAUACUGAUGAUCGUCUUGGUGGAAGAUCUAUUUCUGUUAAAGAGAUGGAGGAUGCUAGACAUUGGUUGGCUUUGGGAGAGGCUACAGAAAUGAAGACCUUGGGACCUAAAUACACUUGGACCAAUAAACAAGAUGGAGGAGCUCGUAUAUAUUCCAAACUGGAUAGAGUUUUCACUAAUGAUAGCUGGUUUGAUAGCUUUCCUUUAGAUGUAUCUUAUGCCCAAUGGGAUGUAAUCUCAGAUCAUUGCUACUUGUUGAUUAAACAGGGGGAUAUCCAAAGUAGGGGAGUGAAGCCUUUUCGUUUUUUCAACAUGUGA